AUGUCGUUUCGGGGCGGAAAUAAAGGCCUGGGAGGAAGCAAUAGAACCCUACUACCGUUUGGGCUAGACUAUGCCGACAUCUUGCAGAGUUCAGAAACGAUCGAAAAACCACAAUAUGUCCUACCCGUCAACAUGGACCCCAACAACAGCGAACAAUUAGUAGCGAAGCGGGCCAUGACGUUUGCCAAACUAAUGUCCGAGGGCCCCUUCUAUACUGGAUCUGUCGCCGACUGUCAGCUACCUACAACCAAGAUCGCCAUGGCACACACGCAGGGCGAAAAACUCCAAAAUGAAGAAAUCAAGAAUGAAAAAUUAAACGCUGCGAACGAUGACGAUGGCAUAGAACGGUACUCGGAUCGGUAUAAGAAGAAGCAGAAGAUCGGCAGGACCAUCGAGGAACAUCCUUACCAGUUGCAGUUUUUCCCCGAGGAAUUGUAUCUGGUGAUGGGGAUAUCGAGUAAACAAAAGAAGAAGAUCUUGUCGCUAUCGAAAUUCAACUCGAAUGGCGGACUAAGAGAGUUUAUGUCGGAUGAAAAGAAUCACCAGUUAGAAGAAGAGGCGAAAUUGAAAGCUUUGAAGGAGCAAAUGUUGAGCCAGGUGGGACACGAUGACGACGAUCACAAGGAUGACGAGAAAGAGGAGCAGAGUGAGCCUGAGAGUGUCGACGAUGAGUUUGAAGAUGAGGACGAUGACGAUUAUAACGCAGAGAAGUAUUUUGAUGAUGGCGACGAUGAUGUGGGGGACGAUGGAGGUGAUGACGAAGCUGCAUUUUGA